UCUGUGUUGUCGAACAGAGGAGACGUACAACGAACCAACAACCUACGAAGUACGAAACACUCAGAAAGAAGGAGAAGAAAAAUCCAUAAAUAAUUCUCGUUUUAUGAUCUUUUAAUGUCUGCAACAAUGGCGGAUUCAGGAAAGGAGAUCGGAUCCAGAUGUCAUCACUGCGCAGGCCCUCUUACGAAAAAUCUGGAAACCAACGAAUGGACUGUGGCUCCGUUUAUCAGGGAUAGCUUCUCUAUGAUUGGAUCAGCUGUUGGUGGUACUGCAAGUGCUUUCAUUGGGUUUCACCAUGUAAUGCCGAUUGUACGCAAGUGGAUCAAAGGACCCAUGUGGUUGCAUUUUCUUGUUGGUGCUCCACCUGUGAUAGUUGUUUCAUCAGCCUGUGCUGGACUUGCAGGUGGCGCUGUACCGGCUUUAGCACAGCUUGCAUCGUCGUCUUAUCAUGCGGCUGUUCAUUCAUCUCAGCCACCACAAGGGCAAGAUAAGAACCAAUUGCACAAUUCCUCUACCAUUUCUCCUUUGUAGAUGUUACACAGCUCUCUUCUCUUGCUCUUUCCAUGUGUAUAAAGAUUCAACUUUGUUUCCUUUGGACAAAAUGAGAGAUCAAAUUGUCUGAAGAUCCAGGUUUGCCACUUGACACUUUUGAGGGUAUACAAAACUUAAUGCAGAAACGUGAUUAGACACAGAUUAAUCUGUAUUACGAAUUCAAAUUUAGUGCUAAACAAGCUUCAACCUAUAAUAUGGCAAGCAGACGUCGUGAAAUUUACUGUGUAUCUCGGUGCUAAUUUUGUAAACUUGUUAAGAAACAACUAGUUUUAUUAUCCCGUACUUUUUAUUAAAGAUUUUUUAUUACGUGGUAAUAAUAUUUGUUAAGCUUUUUUAGUUUGCUUGUUUCGUAAUCUCUUUUUGACGGUUUACUUUUUGAUUCUUGAGAUACAAGAAC